AUGGACGUCAGUCACUUGUUGUUGGGACGACCAUGGCAGUACGACCAUGAGGUGUUGCAUAAUGGGCGCACAAAUCAAUACAGCUUUUUCUUUGAAGGAAGACGCAUAAUCUUACUCCCUACUCAGGAAUCAUCUCGGCUACCUGCACUGCAAACGACAAGCAUACCUCAUCAUCUUCGCGAAGGAACGGGUUCUAGCAACACCAAAGAAGAAGUUGUGUAUGCAUUGGUUGCGUCACCUCCGGAAGUGACAACGACUCUUCCAGUGGACCCAAAGAUAGCGACACUCCUUUCUGAGUUUGAAGAUGUUUUCCCUCAGGAACUCCCGCUUGGACUUCCCCCUCUACGGGAUAUACAGCAUCAGAUUGAUCUAGUGCCUGGCGCUUCACUCCCCAAUCGGCCUCACUACAGGAUGAGCCCUCAGGAACAUGAGGAACUACGCAAACAAGUAGAGGAGUUGCUGGCUAAGGGUCAUGUGCGCGAGAGUUUGAGCCCCUGCGCAGUUCCGGCUUUAUUAAUCCCUAAGAAGGAUGGUUCUUGA